CUACAAAUAAGGUAUACGGCGGAUGACCCAUCUCAAGCAAGCAGCAUUCGCAUCUUAACAGCAAUCAUGGGCCAGUUCACUUCCCAGCCCCGUGACGGCGCCUCGCCGUCGCCCAAUACAGUGCUCGGCCCUUCGCAGGGUCCAGAUGGCCCCGAUCAAGGAAUCCCCGUUGUCACCCGUAUUCGCACCGAAGGCGGUAAGACAGCUACUGUGACCAUCACCCUGCAAGAGACAGCAUUGACGUCGGCCUUGGCCUCUACCUUCACUACCUCCUCACUGUUGCCAGUGAUGACAACUAUGAUGACUACAAUGCGACCUUCGCUAACUGCCUCCACGCUCUCGUCUACCGAACAGAACACGCCACUGCCUAACUCGACCGGCUCACCUGACCAGGAACCCCACGUCACUCUUCCCAGGAACACAUUGAUUAUCAUCAUUAGUGCUGCUGUCGGCAGCGUUCUCUUCUCCCUGUUCCUCAUCGGCAUGAUUCACGCUUACGUGCGUCGAAGACAUGCGAUCAAGGAAGAUGCUAAGAAGGAGGCUGCUGCUGUUGGCAUACAGGAGCGCGAGCAGGAUCAGUCUUCUCACCAGCAUGUCAAUGAGGUUGGCUACAGCAUGGCCAUGUCUCAACCCGCCCCACGCGCGUGCUCAGAGUCGGAUCUGUACCAGCACUUUCACCCGUCAAACGAAGCAGCCAACGCCAGUUUCCAUACUCUGCCCGCCGCAUACCCCGCGUACGAGCUGCAUCCAACACGGGUUGCCGCUGAGCUUCCUGCCGAGCCACAUGGCAGCGGUCUUCCGCAUUACGGUUAUCGAGGAUAAUCCAGAUGGAGGAUUUUGGUUGGGAAAGGUUGUGGUAAGCAUUGGGUCUAGGUUAAAGAACAGAAGUUCUGGAUUCACUUGCAUCGUCAAGUUGGAGACAUAUGAUUGGCUGGACGGAGGGUCCUGUAAGUAAGUCUCUUCUCCAAACGUUAGUAAUAUUGGUGGUUGUGGUGGUUUCGGAGAAGAGAUAGGUACCCGCACAUUGUCCUUCGGCUUUUUUUUUCGGAAUGGAAUGCGAUUUUGUCUUUCACAUCUUUCACGUUUUUUGGACUAUCGUGUGUUGGAAUUC